AGCAACCGCGGUGACAGUGUACCGCGGUCAGCGGAUUUUUUUUUGCGAUUUCCUGUGGUAGACUGUUCUCGUGAUGAGCCAAUGCUUGAGUGCGAAGAUCGCGGCUUGUGCAGCCGCAGUGCACAAGCUCAAGACGGUGAAUUUUAAUUUACGGCACGUUCGCUGCCGGUUACCUUAAGUUUGCCAAGAUUGCAUGUGAGCUGCAUGUAAACGUUUUUUGAACGCCGUUGCUGUUUUGUCGCCGGAAAUGAAAUGCGGACUUUGCCUCGUUCAAAGGUCGUCGUUCCCAACUCGGCGCGAAUGAAGAGCAAGGAUGCAACUUUCCUCCGCGAUAAGAACACCGUGCAAGGAGGGGGAGGCUGAGCUGCGGGCCAGCGUGUAUCUGGCCCUCGACGAACAGGAAGGCAUCAAGCCUUUCGAGAAAUCGGCCGACGAGUCGAGUGUCCUUGCCACUGAUGAGGGUCGGCUGGCGGCCUCACUCGUGCACGACUUCCUGCUCUCUUGCAACCUCAAGUUCACCCUCAGUGUCCUGGAACCUGAGGCACCGCUGGCAGAGCCGCUCAGCCGAGGGGAGCUGUGCAGUCGACUUGGGCUGGAGCAGCGGAAGGGUCCAUUGCUCUUACAGCUGCUUCAUCCUCUACACCCACCAGCAACGUCAGAGAGUCCCGAAGCAAGCGAUACCAAAGUUGGGCCGCCUGAACCAGUGACGCAGAACAAGGCCGCUGAUACCGUUCCAGCAAAGGACACACCUCCAGAGUUUGCACUAGAUGGCACUUCCCGUGGAGGCAGCCGGCUUCCUCCUCUCUCUGGUCCCAAGGUGCUCCCCACUCUAGAGCCACAAGUGCCUCAUCCUGAAGCAGAGUCCCAUUCACUGCAGAGUACGGCCUCCCGGAAGACUGACCACAGUGGCUCAGAGGAGAGCGUCGAGGAGGAGCUCUCUCGCAUGGAUGACAGCAGCCUGUCCACCACGGCUGAUGAUCGCACAUUCGAUCUGACAGUUUCCCGGGCAAGUGAUGUGGAGGGCUGUGACUACGCUGAGCCAGCCCACUGACAGCGCUGGUUGGGACUGCUGCUUGCUUGCCAGAGAUCAGUGUUUGGUCCUCACGGGUUGCACCCAAGUUUCGUGCUUUUUCUCCUUCCGUGAGCACCAUAAAAAACUUUAAUAGGAACGUAUGUGCUCUGUGUUGCGUAAAAAAGUUGCAAGAUUUCACACUUGGCCGCAGUGGUCUUACACUGCUAGGACUUUCAUCAACUGACCAAUUGCCUUUGCAGCAACCUGUUUGUGUCUGCACCAUUUCAAGAAGCUGCUUGUGGUUGAAGCUGGUGCUGAUUAAAUAGUUUCAACUUA